ACAGAUUAACUAAACCUUAUAAACAUACACUGGAGUAACUUUUUAACAACUUUAAAAGUUUUUAUUGUUUGUCGGGGAAAAAACGCAAACUUUUCCUUCUCACCAUCAUGGACCUGCUUCCAGCCCAAGAAGCCGCUAAAAUCUACCACACCAACUAUGUGAGGAACUCCCGGGCCAUCGGCGUCAUGUGGGCCGUGUUCACCAUCUGCUUCGCCAUCAUCACCGUAGUGGUCUUCAUCCAGCCCUUCUGGAUCGGGGAUAGCGUCAACACGCCGCAGGCCGGAUACUUCGGCCUUUUCCACUACUGCAUCGGCAACGCGCUUACCUCUGAGCUCAUCUGUAAAGGCAGCAUCUUCGACUUCAACUCCAUCCCUUCCCCAGCCUUCAGGACUGCCAUGUUCUUCGUGGGAACCUCCAUGCUGUUGGUGGUGGGCACGAUGGUGGCCUUCAGUCUGUUCUUCUUCUGCAACGCAGGAAACGUUUACAAGAUCUGUGCAUGGAUGCAGCUGGCCUCAGCCGUGUUAAUGGUGAUGGGCUGCAUGAUCUACCCUGACGGCUGGAAUGCAGAGGAAGUAAAGAGGAUGUGUGGCCAGAAAACGGAUAAAUACGCUCUGGGAAACUGCACUGUGCGCUGGGCCUACAUCUUAGCCAUCAUCAGUAUUCUGGACGCCGCUCUCCUGGCUCUUCUGUCCUUCACUCUUGGUAAUCGGCAGGACAAACUGUUGCCGGAUGACUUUGAGAUUGAGGGAGCAGAAAACUCAUGAACACAUGGAUAGCCAUGAAAGAAGAUAUCCUGAAUCAAGAAGUAAAACCUUUUCACUUCAAAAGCAGUAGUGCUAUUCAUCCACUAUGUUCAUCCUCUAACCAAAUAAACACAUAAACAGU